AUGGGGGAGGACGACGCGCGCGCGCGCGUCGGGCACGUCGUGCUCGCGAUGGAGGACAAGGGAGAGACGCGCGGACGACGACGGGCGCGGGAGACGGGCGCGGGCGGCGCGGAGGGGAAAGUGGGCGAGGUGUUUCCGGAUUUUCAUCCCACCAAGGUGCCGGUGUACGAGGGAGAGACGGUGAAGGAGUUUUGCGCGCGCGUGAGCGGGUUAAGGGGGGAGACGGAGAGCGAGCGAGGGGAACUCCUGUGGGGGACGAUCCUGCUGCCAGAGUUUGAAAUCUUACAGGCGCUCACGUCGACCAAGCCGUGGCAGAUCGAUCUGAAGAAGGGAGCGGAGCGGUUAUUGAUGCGAGUUCCGAGAGGGUGCGGGACGACGGAAGAGAUGCUCAAGUACAUGAAGAUUGCGGAGAAGAAACCGUCUCCGCCGCCACCGCCCGUGGAGGCGCCGCCAGUGGACGCGCGACCGAAGAAACGCGCGCGGACGAACAAGGCGGAGAGCGCGGACGAUGUCUCGGAAGACUUGGUCGUCGCUGGGUUGCUUGCGGUUGCGGAGAAGAAACCGAGCGGUGAUGGGAAGCAGUCGGAACGUGAGGCGACUGUAGCGUUGCGCGUGGACCGACGGCCGCGAAUUCGCGUUGCCAUCGUCAGAGAAGCGAUGGAGAAGCUCUUUAGACAGACGACAGGUCGUAGAAUGCGCUCAAUCAUGGACUUUUACGAGCACGACGCGUCGCCGGUUGAACGCCCGAAGAACUCCAGACAGGUGCAAGUUUGCGAACGCUACACUCUGUCUUUGACCGAAGGAGGUGAAGCGCGCAUCGAAGAUGAGGCAACGGAGGAAGAUUUGGAGCUCGUCGCGCAGCUCAACGCGUUGGCGACGUCCGAUAAACCGACGAGGUCGAAGGCUGACGCCAGAGCUCGCGCUUUGCGCGUCGACAAGGAAGCCGCGCUCCCGAACGAGCUCCUGGCAUUCGUUCCGACUCCGGACGCUGACAAGACGACAAAGGUUGUCAUCAGAUCGGGGACGUUCGCCGAGGCUUGGGCGACCACCUUGGCCUCACAGGUAAAGCCUCAAGUGGAUAUGGGCAGAGUGAGGUGCAGCACUUUCGCUUGUUUUUACUACACGGGGCUCGUCUCCGAGGCGCUCAAUUCAGUGUCUCUCCUGCCGCCUUCGAUGCUUCACGACUGA